AAGACAUAACCUUAUUUCCCCUUUCAACUCCACGCUGGUGCUGAGCAAGCACGUGGAGCUGUUCAAUUCUUAUCUGAAAGUAUAAAUACUAUGAGAAUAUAUUUAUAACAAGUGUGUGACAAUCCAGUUAGCAAAAAUGUCUAUGUACAACUUCAAAAAGAUUGCGGUGGUCCCCACAUCUAAGGACUUCAUCGAUAUCAUAUUAUCGAAAACCCAGAGGAAGACUCCCACUGUAAUCCACAAAAACUACAAAAUAUCGAGAAUUCGUGCAUUUUACACACGAAAAGUGAAAUUCUCUCAACAAAGUUUCCACGAUCGUCUCUCUCAAAUUAUCCAAGAGUUUCCUAAGCUUGAUGAUGUGCAUCCAUUCUACGCUGAUCUUAUGAAUGUUCUUUACGACAAGGAUCAUUACAAAUUAGCUCUGGGACAGAUCAACCAUGCCAGACAUCUAAUUGACAAUGUCGCCAAGGAUUACGUUCGAUUGCUCAAGUAUGGAGACUCCUUGUAUCGAUGCAAACAACUCAAGAAGGCAGCCCUGGGUCGUAUGGCCACGAUAAUGAAGAGGCAAGCUGCCAAUUUAUCGUAUCUUGAACAAGUUCGUCAACAUCUGGCUCGUCUCCCCAGCAUCGAUCCCUACACCAGGACAAUCAUCAUCUGCGGGUUUCCGAAUGUCGGAAAGAGUAGUUUCAUCAACAAGAUUACACGAGCUGAUGUGGAAGUUCAGCCAUACGCCUUCACCACAAAAUCCUUGUACGUUGGUCACACGGAUUACAAAUAUCUCCGUUGGCAGGUGAUAGAUACACCUGGAAUCCUGGACCACGCUCUGGAAGACCGAAAUGUCAUUGAAAUGCAGGCGGUAACAGCUCUCGCUCACUUGAGAGCUGCAGUUUUGUACUUCUGCGAUGUGUCAGAACAGUGUGGACAUAAUAUUGAGGCCCAGGUUCAGCUCUUCGAGUCUAUAAAACCCUUAUUCACCAACAAACCUCUGAUUGUUGUUGCCAACAAGACUGACGUGCUUCGUUUAGAUGAGCUCGCGCCAGAGAAACUGGCGGCACUGAAGACUCUUGAGGAUGGUGGAAAGACCCCGAUCAUCGAGAUGAGCACUGUCACCGAUUUUGGAGUAAUGGAUGUCAAGCAAGAGGCCUGCGAACGUCUGCUGUCCUUCAGGGUUGAUCAGAAGAUCAAGACUAAGAAGGUCGAUGGACUACUAAAUCGUCUCCACGUGGCUAUGCCAACUCCGAGGGAUCAGAAGGAGCGACCCCCUUGCAUACCCGAAACUGUUUUACUCAAAAAGAAAAUUGCUGCUGAGAAAGUGGAGAGGAAGAGGAAACUUGAGAGGGAGAUUGAGGAAGAAAUGGGAGAUGAUUAUGUUCUGGAUCUCAAGAAGAAUUAUGAUAUCGAGGGAGAUCAGAAGUUUGAUGUCAUUCCUGAAAUGUGGGAAGGACACAAUAUUGCUGAUUACAUCGAUUUGGACAUAUUUGAGAAACUGAAUGAACUGGAGAAAGAGGAAGACCUGCGAGACGAAGCUGGGUACUACGACUACAAAGUGCCAGUUCUGUCAGAUACAAUGAAAGAAAUUCAGGAAUUAGCUAAACAGAUUCGCGAGAAGAGGGCAAUUGAUGCUGACGAGGCGAGGAUCAAUAAGGCGUCUACCAAGUCUGCUAUGCCACGUACAGCUGCUGCCAAAACUCGAGGUAGAUCCGUAACGAGGUUGAGGGAACAGAUGGAGGAACUUGGAGUUGAUAUGGAUGAUACUGAGAAUGCACACUUCACGAAAACUCGAGGACGAUCUAGGUCAGCCUCCGGACCAGCUAGGAAACGUCUUAGGGUGGAAUCACUCUCCAGAACGAGAGCCAGAAGCAGCUCUAGGCCAGCGAGGGAUGAAAUGGGUGUGAAGGAUGUUGUGAUGAAAACGAAGCUGAAGAACAUCGCCCAUAAAGCCAUCAAGAAGAAGGUCGCGAAGAAGGGUCUCAAGGGUGAGGCCGAUCGUUUCAUCGGUACCAAGAAGCCUCAACACUUGUUCUCAGGAAAGAGAGGUGUAGGAAAAACAGAUAGACGAUAAUUCAACGUUCUCGAUAUUCUAUCAAUGUCGUCUAACUGCAGGAACUAUUCUGCUGUCAAGUGCUACUCUGUUUCUAUCCGUUUAAAAAGCCACUAAGUAGAUGACGUCAGCACUUGAUAACAGACUCUAUCUGUGAAACGCUCAUUAGCUAUGUGUCAUCAGUAUGAAGAAACAUCAUUUAUAAACAUGGGAGUAGAGACGAUUUUAGUCGUUGAAAAAAUUAUGUAUAAGUGAAUAUUCAAUAAAGAUUGGGGAUCCCCUAUUAAAUUUAUAAGAAA